CAAUGGGAGAAAACACCAGAAUAUCAGAAUAUCAAUGGCAGGCAAGACCGGAAAACGCACGACAAGUUCCUUGAAAAUGCCUAGAAAGCUGAUUUUCGCCUGUUAGCUGCAAGUAUGCCAUCGGUAGAAACCAUUCGACGGCUAGCAGACCAAGUAAGAGGAGCUGGACCACGCUGUGAACUAUAGUUUGAAAGUUGAACUGGUUCUUCCAGCAACCGCCAGCUUUUGAACGCAGUCGGACGCUCCGCCAUAAAUAAAUACAGAACCUGACAAUCUGCGUGUGUCAUGACAACUGGCGGAGGUGUAUCAACUAUCGGAUUACACGUUCGGUCUAAGCAGGUUGCAACCAAACUAUCACGCUGAUCAUCGUGUCCGAUGUAAAAUAUCAGGACAACCUGAUGCCACAUGAGAGCUUUAGCAGAUGAAAAAAUCAUCACAACCUCAGGAAAUGGUCAAGUAAGCGCCAUAUAUAAACUGGAGAGAAUAUAUUCUCGCGCCGUAGCAGAUUUAUUCCCCUAGUAACCAGUACGGCAAUUGUUCGUCAAUGCCGAGGUUCCUGCAAGUCAGGUUUUCUCCCACCAAUCUGUUGCCCUGAAGCGGGUUCGCCCAGGCUUUACAACGCCGAAAUAAUAGGGAAUUUAAUCGCCUACGAGGAAGUGUUGAUGCGCCAAUGUGGCACAGUCCUCGCCUAGCACUGCUGACAUGGGCAUAAGCCAACCAGGGCGAUAUCAGAAUACGGGGCAAAAGUGAGCACUAGGGCUACAACUUCAAAAACAACGACAAAUGCUUGUCCAGUUCGUCUCGUCAUACUUCCAAGCUAUGAUUUCCCAACACGAUGUUCCAUUCCAUGUGCGAUGUUUUCCCACUUGACUCAAGCCCGGGCACAGAUCGUGAUUCAUCUGACAUCUCGCUCCGCCCACUCGCGGUGAAUAACAGCGAUGGGUCGAAGUCCUACAAUUCGAAGGAGAAGGAAAAGGAGAAGAAAAGUAGAAAGGCGAUGCCGAAAUCGCGGACCGGAUGCAAGACUUGCAAACAGCGGCACCUCAAAUGCGAUGAAGGACGGCCCGCCUGUCAGCGGUGCCUUAAAGCCAGUUUCAUCUGCGAUGGCUACGAUUCUAAGAAAGCCGUAGUAGUAGAUCGUAGAUCCGCGAACAGAGAAUUGCUUCCCAAGGUGGCUGGAUCGUACGGUCCACGAGCUCCAGAGGGCAAGAUCUUGCUCCCUGCACAGCAUGGGCUGCCAAGUCAUGCGCUGGGUACUCAACCGCAAGAUAUGGAGUAUUUUCAGUACUUCCAAGAGCAGACUAUCCUUGAACUCUGCGGUGGAUUCGAUGAACCUCUUUGGAAUCGCUUUAUUCUCCAAGCAUGUCAAGAGGCUCCUUUCGUACGGCAUAUUGCGCUUUCUUUGGCCGCAAAGGGCAGGGCAGAGAAAGCGAAGCAAGCAAUUCCGUUGAGAGAUCGGAGCAGUGCACAUGAAAGCUAUGCGCUGCGAAAAUAUUCAACAUCGCUUCCCCAGAUCCGACAAUAUCUCGCUGGGACAAGUAAUCCGGAUCCUAGGAUGUUCCUCGUGGCGGGGCUUCUAAUCUUUCUGUUUGAGUUCCAGCAAGGAAAUAAAGAUAUGGCUACGAAGCAGCUGAAGACCACCUUGGCCUUGUUCAAGAACAUGCGAUCAAUCAAGACAGAAGGAUAUACGCACGUUCACCACCUAGACUUCCCCGAUAAUCUUGAAGAAGCUGUUGUCGAGAUGGUCGUGCGGCUGGAAUCUCACAUCUCCAACGGUCACGGUGAGCAGAGUGAGAAGAGCCUUGGUGUUAUACAUGUGUACAACGCCUCGCCUGUUUGGUUCCCCACGGAAUUUACCAGCGUUUUCCAGGCUCAGCGCUUUCACAAUCAUAUCCAAUACUGGGGCAGUCCCAAUUUUGCUGGGGACGCGUCGAAGUACGUCUUUGCGUAUUUAAAACGAGCUUCAGGGGUGCAUUGUGAGAUUCCUGAGCCGAGGGUUGUGCCGGUUGAGGAAUACAAUCGUCGUUUGAGGGAAAUGAAACAAUGGGGAAGGAGCUUUCAGCCUCUCUUUGCGAAGUUAAAGGCCACGGAGAGUAAACAAUAUGCCUGUGGAUUGGUCCUGUACAUUCAAUGGCUUGCGUUUAUGAUGGUUAUAUGUAAGAGAUUGGGCUGGGUUCUUGGAGAAUGCUCGGCUGAUGGAUCUCCUGCCAUUGAACCGACCGAUGAGAGCGUUGACGAUCUUUGUCGGAGAGGGGUACGAUCUGGGGAAGAGCUUUGUGCGAAUAAGUACUUCCUGAGGUGCUUUGUCUUCGAUGUCGGAGUACUGCCGACGUACCUUUUAUUCAUGCUUGGCACGGAAGAUAUGGAUGUCAGGUAUCGGAUCACCCAAGUUUUAAGAGGGAUGAUACCCAGGAGGGAGAGUGUGUGGGAUAGUGCUGCUGUGGCCGGAAUAGCUGAUUUCCUUUUUAGUUGUGGACCAUCUUUAAAAAUACCCUGA